AUGAAGUCCAUCUCUGCUCACAUCACGGGCUUCUAUCACUCGUCCUUCCACGCCUAUACGACAGAGGUGACUGUAGAUGGUCACCGCUGGCGACUCGGACUGCGUUACAGCAAAUUCCACGAGUUCUACGACCAACUUGUGGUGCAGGAGAAGGACUUCCAUGCAGAAUUUCCGCCCAAAGGCACGCUCUUUUUCACACCCAAGCCCGAGGAAAGACAGGAGCAGCUGGAGAUCUUUUUGCAGCAAGUGCUUGCAUACUACAGUACCAAGAGAUACCCGAUGAAGGUUGAAAACCUGCUGUGUGACUUGUUGAAGGUGCCACGUCACUUGAGAUCCUCUGACCGUGACGACGACGACGAUGUCUCAACCAGUACGGAGAGCGUACUGGAUGAACCAAUGCACGAACCUGCUGCUAUUGAAAAGAAGGACUUGAAGGAGGAAGAGACGAAGAAGAUACAAGUUGCUGAGAACAAGGAGGUAGCUGAGGCUCUAGAGAUAAAAGCGGAUGAACCUCGUUCUGAUGAGCUAAAGGAAGCAGAGAAGAUUGUCCCAAUAACAAUAGCGCAGGUUGUUAGCGAAGUAGCUGAUGAACCUCUUUCUGUGGAGCUAGAGAAGAUAGAACAGGCUGCACUCGACACUGCAGAGGCAGCAAAAGUGGUGACACCGGCGCCUGUGGACAAAUCAGAAGUGACUGAAGAGACGUUCAAGGAAGACGUUGCUAUUGUUAACGAGGUCGUGGUCGAAGAAGAGGAGACUGAUUCGCCUUCGCCACUAGUACCUGCUGUACAACUUGCAGCAAAGACCGAGGACGCAGUUCAGAAAGAUACUGUUUGUAAAUCCCAUCUGCAAAUUUCGUCACUUGAGGAGACGGACGUGGUGUUGCCUACGGAGCAACUGGUCAUCAAGUCUGUUGCACAUGAACGUACACCAUUGAAUUCGCAGGUGGACGGAGAACGUGCGGUCAGCGAGGACACCAUCCUUGAAGAAGAAAUGAAGCCAAAGGAAGUCGCCACUAGUGAACAAGCGUCGUCUUGGAUCGCCGCCUAUUUGCCCAAGUCGUUGGUUUUGUUCUUCCAGCAUCGCUGCAUGAAGAAGACCAACCUGGUAGUGCUGUGUGUGGCGCUGCUGCUGCCAAUGGCUUUUGCUCGUAGAUAG